AUGCAGCCUUUGCUGGCAGAGAUGGCUCUGCUCCCCUUGAGACCCGAGAUCCAGGUUCCUGGCCAGAGCGUCUUUCUCGACACCGCGAGCCUGGCUUCGGCUCCCUUUGGCCCUGGUGGCCAGAAGGACAGAGGGCUUCGGCGCUGUGGCUUCUUCACCGCCGCCCUGGGUGGUGCAGCAUGGAUCAGGAGCUCCGCACGACGAGCUGUUCAAAGAAGAGCGCGGCGAAGUGAUGCCUUGGAGGCCGCCUCGCCGCGCCGGUCGGCGCUGACAUUCCUAGGUUUGACGGGUUUCCUAGCCGGCGGAGCGACCGCCCGCGCGGAACACCUUGCCACGCUGACUGCCGACACCCUGAAGGAUGCCGCUGGCAAGGUCGUUGUCAUCACCGGUGCCACGGCUGGCGUGGGUCUCGAGGCUGCGCGGACGCUGGUGGCUGCCGGGGCCGAGGUCUACGUGACGGGACGCACGCUGGCGAAGGCACAAGCUGCCGUGGCGGAGAUCACCAAGGAGGCAGUGCCUGGCAAAGCCAUCCCGUUGGAGCUGAACUUGGCGUCCUUGAGCUCCGUGCGUGCCUUCGUGUCCGGGUGGAGCUCGGAGAUAAAGCGGCCCAUCGACAUCCUCGCCUGCAAUGCAGGACUGGCACUGGGCACCGACGCCAAGGUCUGGGUCUUUGAUUUUCUGAAUCUACCCGACCUUCGCCUCUUGUCCGUGCUGAGGACAGUUGGCACGAAUCACCUGGGCCAUUUUUUGCUAGCGCCUUGGACGUAA